CUCCCUCACUGUCUCUCCCUCACUCUUUCUCUGGCAGCUCGACUCGGCUUGGUUUAGCUCUGCUCCCAUCGCUCACUGCUCAGACCUCCGCACCAAUUCCACGGCACUGCGUUUCCCGAGGUGACCGCUUCUCUGACGGACAACAACCGUGUCAGCUAACAAACUCUCGUCCGGAGCGUCGGCCGGCGCACGCACGACACGGCGUGUCUCGGAAGCGGCAGAAGCGGACAAACAAAUGCUUAAGACCGGCGACCGGUGGCCCCAGAUCCCGCGGGGAGGGAGACGAGCAGCGCAGUAAUGGGACAGUUCUCGGGAGGAUGCUACCUGAGUUUUGCCGCCCUCCUCCUGCUCUUCCUCGGCUCACGCGUACCGGCCACGUUAGCCAGAGGUGCCCGAGGUGAAGCCCCGCAGCAUGGCCAGUCUGGGACACUGCCUCGCUUCCUGGAGGAGCCUGUCGAUGCAUACAUUGUGAAGAGUAACCCCAUCAAGCUCCGGUGUCAGGCUCGUCCCGCUCUCCAAAUCUUCUUUAAGUGCAACGGGGAAUGGGUCCACCAGAGCCAGCACGUCUCUCAGGAGCACACCGACCUCGGAACAGGGCUGAAGAUCCGGGAGGUGAUGAUCAACGUGUCACGUCAGCAGGUGGAGGACUUUCAUGGCCCGGAGGAUUACUGGUGUCUCUGUGUCGCCUGGAGCCACCUGGGAACCUCCAAGAGCCGCAAGGCAUCUGUUCGGAUCGCCUAUCUGAGAAAGAAUUUUGAGCAGGACCCCCAAGGCACUGAGGUGCCUCUGAAUGGCAUGAUUGUGUUGCACUGUCGUCCCCCAGAGGGAGUGCCUGUGGCUGAGGUGGAAUGGCUGAAAAACGACGAACCCCUGAACACUGACACGGCCUCGGACACCAGAGGGGAUCAUAAUCUGAUCAUCUCAAACGCUCGUCUCUCUGAUUCGGGAAACUACACCUGUGCGGCCAGCAACAUCGUGGCUAAAAGACGGAGCGCCACUGCCACUGUUGUAGUCUUUGUGAACGGAGGGUGGUCAUCCUGGACGGACUGGUCCCCAUGUAAUGUUCGCUGCGGGCGUGGUGUGCAGAAACGUUCCCGCACUUGCACAAAUCCAGCUCCUCUCAAUGGGGGAGCCUUUUGUGAAGGCAUGUCAGUGCAGAAAAGCACCUGCAACACACUGUGCCCAGUUGAUGGCAGCUGGGGCGAGUGGAGCGAGUGGUCAUUGUGUAGUUCGAGCUGCGAGAGGCAGCGCAGCAGAGACUGCACAGCCCCGGAGCCCAAACAUGGAGGACGACUGUGUGACGGGGUGGCAUUGAUGACGGACAACUGCACCGGCGGCCUCUGCACAGAGAAUCGAAAGUUGCUGCAUGAUGUGAAACCGCAGGGGGUGGACAACAGCACUGACGUGGCUCUGUAUUCAGGCCUCGCCGCAGGAGUAGUGAUGGUGGUGCUGCUGAUCAUCGCCGUCACUCUGUACAGGAGGAGCCAGAGCGAGUACGGCGUGGAUGUCAUCGACUCCUCCGCCCUCACCGGUGGAUUUCAGUCCUUCAGCUUCAAGACAUCUCGACAAGCCAACCCGUUGCUCAUUAAUUCGUCCAUGCAACCUGAUCUGACAGUGUCGCGUACCUACACCAGCCCCAUGUGUUUUCAAGACUCCAUUGACAAGGAGCUGAUGGCUGAGCGAUCACUCCUUAACCCGCUGCCAGAUCUCAAGGUCAAAGAUGUGGCUGAAAUGGCGGAGUACCACGUCAUGUCCCACCCUCAGACGUUUCCGCGUGGCUUGGCUCCAGACUACAGAGGAGUUGCCGUCGGGACGACGCUGGGCAAACGAAACAAAAAUGUCUUCAACCCCCAAGGCUCUCUGGCUCCCAGCAGGCCACUGCACAAAGCCACUGCAGUGUUCAGUCACGCUGGCGGCAGACUGGUGGUCCCCAACACAGGUAUCAGCCUGCUGGUUCCUCACGGGGGCAUCGCAGAAGACACAACCUGGGAAAUGUACAUGAUCAUCAACCAGGAGGACAGCAGCACCUUGUUCGACGAUGGGCCCGAGAUCUUUUUGAGCCCCGCUGUUAAGUAUGGACCACCAGGCCUUGACUUGUCGUGUCCUAUAGCCCUGACCAUUGCCCACUGUGGUGAGGUUACAGCUGGUAAUUGGACAGUGCGCCUAAAGAGACAAAUGCAGGACAACAAGUGGGAGGAAGUAGCGUCUGUGGAUGAAGAGAGCACAUCCUGUUACUGUCUGUUGGAGGCCCAGAGGUGCCACGUGUUGUUGGAGCACCCCGGUCGCUACGCCUUGGUGGGGGAGCCACUGAACCAGGAGGCAGUCAAGCGUCUGAGGCUGGCCGUGUUCGGUAGUCCUGAUACGAGCAACUCUCUGGGCUUCACCCUCAGGGUGUACUGUGUGGACGACACGCCCCACGCUUUUCAGGAAGUGGUGUUGGGCGAGCGCAGCAGGGCUGGACGACUCCUGGAGGAGCCGAAAUUGAUGCUGUUUAAGGGGAACACGUUCAGCCUCCAGGUGUCCAUCCAGGACAUCCCACAAAUACUCUGGAGCAUCAAACCUUUCACCACCUGCCAGGAGUUCUCCUUUUCUCAGGUGUGGGCCAGUAACCAGCGUCCCCUGCAGUGUGCCUUCUCUCUGGAGCGAUACAGCCACUCCUCAUCUCAGCUCUCCUGCAAGAUUAGCGUGCGACAGGUCAAAGGCGAGGAGCAGAUUCUCCAGGUCUACACGUCCGUGGUGGAGAAUGAAAAGGGAGCGGUCCCCUUUUUUACUCAGUCAGACUGCACCGUCACCUCUCAGACAGGGUCAAGGGCCUUCAAAAUCCCCCUGUCCAUCCGUCAGCGAAUCAGCGCCACCUUUGACACCGCUAAUGCCAAGGGGAAGGACUGGCAGCUCCUGGCUCAAAAGCUCCACAUAGACAGGAACCUGUCCUACUUUGCAUGUCAGGAAAGCCCGUCAUCGGUGAUCCUGAGUCUUUGGGAAGCCCAGCAUCAGGACUCUGGAGACCUGGACUCUUUGGCCAGUGCCCUUGAGGAAAUUGGCAAAGUCCAGUCGCCCACAUCCUCCACGCACGGCUGCGUCAGAGAAGAGCCGGACUCAGCGUUCACCACACUUGGGUAGGGCAGGCUCACAGCAGAUCAACUCAUGACAAACCUUUACUGCAUGAACAGUGGCGGUCUGGUGUGCUAGCUAACCUACAGUGAAGAAGAGGAUGUACAGCAGGCAGCGAGGUUUGAGACUGUUGCUUAAAAGAAUAUCUCUGCUACACCAAAUGGCACAUAUAGACUGACACACAGACAACGACAAACAACUGUGAGAAUGUGUUGCGCCAAUCGUUUCAGAAAGACCGUAAUCUUUUACUCGAGGAUUAUGGGUAUUUGAGUGCAGAGGACUCUACUUUUUAGGAUGGAGUUUUGGACAAACUGUCAGUGAGAAAGAUCAGACUUGUUGGCUCUGGCUUCAACAGUCUUGAUGGCUUUUAAAAGGUUAAGUGUAACAUCAUGAUAGUGUCAUAGUUUUUUUUUCUGCCUUGUGUCUUUACUGUUACGGCUGCAGUUUGAUCUUGAAAAAGUCCCAAAGCAACAUCGCCCCCUGGAGUUUGGGAUGUUGAUAAAGAUGUGUAAUUAGGAUUGGGAACCAUCUGAUGCUCACGCAAAUGA